UUUACCCAAACUAAACCGGCUUUGACCCCUUCCCCAAGCCUAAAAGCCCCAACCCUUUUAUACCUCCCCACAAGAGAGGCAAAAUCCGCUCGCUCUCAGACUCGCGACGCCGCCUUCUUCUUCGAUCCCCUCUCCCUCCGAUCUCCCCCUCCCCCGCAGAUCUAAUGGCGGCGCUGGCGUCGAAGCUGGCACAGAUGCAGGCGAAGGCGUGCGACGCGGCGAGGUUCGCGGCGAAGCACGGGUGCGCGUACCACAGGGCGCUCAUGGAGAAGAACCAGAAGUACGUCGCCGACCCGCCCACCAUCGAGAGGUGCCAGGAGCUCUCCAAGCAGCUCUUCUACACCCGCCUCGCCAGUGACACAUUUCUUGCAGCCUUCCUGGUCGCUAUGAGGCAUUCUGGAAGGAAGCGGAUCAAGUGAAGAACUUGUGGAGAAACAGAAAGGAUCUGAACGUUGAGCAUGCUGGCGUUGCUGCACUUUUUGGCAUUGAGUUGUACGCGUGGUUCUGCGUUGGUGAGAUCGUUGGUAGAGGAUUUACUUUCACUGGCUACCAUGUCUGAGUGCUAAGCAACCACAUUAGUCGCCGACUCGCCGUUUCUCAUUGAAGACUCUGCUAGAGUGUUAGGAUAUCAGUUUUUUGAGAUGGGAUGACUGAUUGAUUCAGAGUUUUGUUUUCCGAAAUUUCUCGAUGCUGGUGUAACAGACGGCUCAGUUAAACCAACAUGACGAAGUUCAAUAAUUCAGUGAAUCGUAGUUGAAGUAUGCAGUAAUUUUUCUCCGAUAUUUUAUUGAAUAUUGAUGCCAUUGAUUGUUUUA